AUGAAGGCAACUCUCGUCACCGCCGUCGCCGCGGCCUUGAGCCUCUCGGGCCUGGCCUCGGCCGACAUCUGCAACAACAACUGCGGCCGUCAGGUUGCGGGGGUCAAUAACCCCGAGCUGCCCGUCAGGGCUCGUCGGGCCACGUGCUCGUCGUUCCUGGACACGACCACCACCGUCACCCCUCCCGCCUCCACGGUGAUCACGUACAAUCGCGACGUGACGGCCACGCCCGCCGUGACGGGCACCGUUCCCACAUGGGCCAACAUGUGCAGCGACGUGGCCGAGUACUGGUCCGCGUGUCAGUGCUUUGACAUGUCGCCGACAACCGUAACCGUCAUCGCCACGGCGCCCAUGACCACGACGACGCCUGCCGCGACCACUUGCACCUGCCUGUAG